AUGUGCCAGGACUGGAUUGUAAUUGACACUCAGUCCCAACCCAGUUCUCCGGAUUUUCUCUGCCUUCUAUCUCCUGGACCUAGUUCUCCAGAUUCUCGACGUUUAAGCUUCUCUGAACCGUGUUCUCCAGACUCUGCCUUCUCUUACUUGGACAUAGUUCUCCAAACCCUUCUAAUUGGACAUCGUUCUCCAAAGACUUCUUCUUCUUCUGAACCCGUUGUUCUCUUUGUGGUUGCCCUGGCUUCCUUUGAUAAUUGGCGUACACCGAUUCCUUUAAUCCCAUCCGAAUCCGAAUCCUCUGUAUCCUCUAUGGCUUCUGGAAAAUCAAAAACCGCGACUCCUCCUCCCACAGAGCAGUCUGAAUUCUCUACAUGGCACAUGUCCGAGAAUGUAAAGAGUAUUGACGUUAAUCCUUUGUCCAACUCGCACGAUCUCCGUUUCUGGCUCCAUGAGUUCAAGCAAGAAGCAGCAGCAGUUGAUGCUUCUUUGGAUGCUUGUGUUAAGGUCCUGAGAAAAUCCUUCUGGAACCUUGUUGAAGCCGAGUUGCUCCAGCGUUUUGCUUCUCCAGCAACUGUGGACGACCGCCUCAUCAUCACCAAGCUCCGUAAGCUGCGCCAACGCGCUGACCAGUCAAUUGCCAAAUAUGCCGCUGAAUGGGAACACCUUCACACCUUCCUUACUACACCUUUCACUGUGGAAGAACAGGUGGCUGAGUUCCUACAGUCAUUGUAUUUGGAGCCUCUCCGUUCCACCCUUGCUCAUGGCGUCCUCAAAGACAUUUCAGAUACUGUCAACGUGGCUAUCAAGGUAGAACGCAGGGCACGCCUCAUUGAUUAUUCUCCUACAGAACUACGGGCAGAACGAACACUGGCCACUGGACCUGUUCCAAUGGAAAUCGAUGCAGUACAAACAACGCAGCCACGUCCACAUCUCAGGGCAUACACUAAAGAUGGCAAACCGAUUUGCAAUCUCUGCUGGACUGCCAGUCACCGAACCAUCGACUGUAGCAAGAACUCUGGGACGUCGUCAUACUCGAAGCUGCCUUACAACGGGAAUUCAAGAGGAUCUCGCAACCAACCCUCACGUUGGCAAGUCCGUAACAUAACCUCCACAGCAACUCAGGAGGCCCCCCAAGUUCCUGAAGGCGAAAUGUUUGAUAACGAGCUUGAUGGUCUUUUUUCACUGCAAUCACAAUUCUUGCACCCCACCACUACCUCGGAGCCUUCGUCCACUGGAACUAUCAACCAAGUCAUAGUGGCCGACAUCGACCACCAUCAAGAGGUGUCCCCAACUGCGUAUCUCCGAGUUGGUGAUGGGACCCUUACCGCUCUUGUUGAUAUGGGUGCUGACAUUUCGACUAUUCGUGCCAACAUUGCCCAGAAAAUGAACCUCUCUGUUGACAGCUCUUUGGCUCUUUCUUUUUUGACUUUUAAGAAAGAACGCCACCUGAUGCUUGGCAAGGUUUUCAUCUUGGUUUUCGGCCACACCCUUGGGUUUCAUGUCGUUGACCAGGUCCACCAUGAAAUCCUCUUUGGUUGGGACAACAUCAAGAUCCUCAGAGGAAUCAUCGAUUCUACAACCAAUCGUAUCUCUCUCAAGCAAUCUACCGGCGAGAUUAUGUCUCUCCCACUGGCUAACCCUCAGGAAUAUCAAGCCGUUCUUCAUACCAAGCAGUCUACUCCAUUGGCACUUGCAUUGUCUCUUGACCCAGCUAUUCAAGAUAUUCUUUGCAAGAACGAGGCUGCUAUAACAUCUAACCCGAAACGACCAAUGCCAACUCACUUAUUGGAAUUUACUAUUGACACCGCUGAUAAUAAACCUGUUUUUAUUCCUCCUUGCUGUGGUCGUCCGGAAGUCGAUGUUGCUCUCGAUACUGAAGUUGAUGAAAUGCUUGCUAACGGCGUCCUGGAACCAUGCAUCAAGGCUGAUCCACUCAAGACUGCUGCUAUCAAGACCCUCUCAGCUCUCACUGACUACCAUGGUAUCAAGCGCUUUCUUGGUAUUGUGGGUGCUUACCAUACGUUCAUCUCACACCCAAUAAUUAUUACAGUUAGUACUGUAGAUAAUAUCUUAAAGAUUGUUAAGAUAAUUAUAUCAUACUGCCGGAAGUAUGAGAGUAAGAUGGUUGGUUUCGUUGAUUCCUUCUGCAUAAAAGAUGUACGUAUUUUUUCAGCAAUACGGCAAAAUAUCCAAGCUUUAGCAUUCGAAUUAAGACAGAAAUCUAUCAAAAGCUAUGCGUCAUUUCUGUUUUACAUCUUUUAUGGUAAAAUUCACGUCUGUGAUUGGAUGAAGAUCUUAAUCAGAUUGCUUAUAAAUGCACAGACUUUGUACUCCAAAAAAUAA